AUGACGCUCGAUCCAGAUAGAUUAAGAGGCAUCGAUCUGCCUGCGUCCAAAAGGGGCUGCUCAACUUCGAACAGCGCCAUUCACAGUCCCGGCAGGAUAGCAACACCCCCACCUCCCGCAGAUCGCGCCCGCCUGGAGGUCAAGCACAACAUCGAUAUCGGGGUUUCAAGGAACUCCAGAUCAAAUCCGAGGGAAAGCGAUGUUGGGCGAGGAGGCUCGUUGGAUGUUGAGGCUGUUGAUGUAGAGCUGCGCCGACAGACAAGUCGCUCACAAAGGGAAUCAACACCGGGCGGAAGUCCUUCCAGGAAACGGCAAAGGAUAAAUGGCGAUAGAUUCAUUCCUACCCGAACUGGUCAAGACCUACAGGCCAGCUACAGUCUUCAUGAGCCUGGCACCCCCACCACGGCGAGGCCCAAGCGGCCUUCUCAUGGCGAGUUGAAUUUUCAAAAGACGGAGCAAGCAAACCGCACAUACAACUCCCUGCUUCGUGCGGAGCUAUUCGAGGGCUCAAUACCGCACGCCACGCCGCCCAUAAUGUCUCCCGACCCUUCUCUGCCAGCAUCAGCGCGUAAUGCAACUUCGUAUGACGGAGCGAGAUCGCACACGCCCCCGGCAGCUCCAGCUCCGUCUCUGCCACCAACUAUGACUCCAUCUACGCCCCAUAAAAAUCUGUUUUCGUACAUGUCACCGCGCAACCACAGCGGCGUUGCUGGUCACAUGACACCCUCAAGGACGCCACAGAGUCGACAUGGCCCUAACAUGGACACCAGAGCCGAGAUUUACAGCUUGUCGCCCGUUAGGUUUGGGAGCCAGCAAAUGUUAUUGAGCCCAAGGCGGCAACCUAGGGCUGUGAGUAAGGUGCCGUACAAGGUCUUGGACGCACCGGAGUUGGCAGAUGACUUCUAUCUGAAUUUGGUUGACUGGGGCUCGGCGAAUGUGCUGGGCGUUGGUUUGGGAUCGAGUGUCUACAUGUGGAACGCCCAGACAAGUCGGGUGAACAAGCUGUGCACCCUCGAAGAUGACACAGUUACGAGCGUGUCUUGGAUACAAAAAGGGACGCACAUUGCCAUCGGCACCCACAAGGGGUUUGAGUCGGUUCUGGCAUGGAACUCGCACAUCCUGACUUCAGGAUCCCGCGACCGAAUGAUAUACCAUCGCGACGUCAGAAGACCAGACCAGUGGGUCCGGAAACUGGUCGGCCACAAGCAAGAGGUGUGCGGUCUGAAAUGGAACGCCGAUGACGGGCAACUCGCAUCAGGUGGUAACGACAACAAGCUGAUGGUCUGGGAAGGCCUCAACGAGACACCGCUGUGGAAAUUUUCGGACCACACAGCUGCAGUCAAGGCGAUAGCCUGGUCCCCGCACCAAAGGGGUCUACUUGCGUCGGGAGGUGGCACGGCGGACAGACGGAUAAUAUUCCACGACACCCUCAAGGGAAGUGUCAUCAACGAGGUCGACACAGGCAGUCAGGUCUGUAACAUUGCCUGGUCCAAGAACUCUAACGAGAUCGUCUCAACGCAUGGGUACAGCCAGAACCAGAUCGUGGUGUGGAAAUACCCGUCCAUGACGCAGGUCGUAAGCCUCACAGGCCACACGUACCGAGUCCUGUACCUCGCUAUGAGUCCGGAUGGGCGUACGGUCGUCACGGGCGCGGGUGACGAGACCCUGCGCUUUUGGAACGUGUUUGGGAGGAAGCCUGGAGCCAGGGAGGAGAGUGACGGGGCAGGGCGUCUUUCAGACUGGGGCAUAAUUCGUUGA